UUGGGUACUUCCGGCAGGUUUUUCUUUCCCCGGCUUCCCUCGUUCUGCUGGACCCGCAGUGCUGUUGUGACGCAUAGACCGGAGCCAGCAUCCCAAGUGAGAGCGGUAACAAGAACCCGCCAUGGCCCGAAAUCUACUCUGUGUUUUCUUCCUUCUUGGCAUAGCCGCCGUUUGGGCCUCAGACGUUCUGGAUCUUACAGACGACAACUUUGAAACCGUCGUACCGCAGCACAGCAUCCUGCUUGUCGAAUUCUUUGCGCCAUGGUGUGGACAUUGCAAGAAACUUGCACCUGAAUAUGAAAGUGCUGCCACAAGAUUAAAAGGAACACUGUCACUGGCCAAGGUUGAUUGUACUGCAAAUUCUAACACCUGUAACAAAUAUGGGGUCAGUGGAUACCCUACACUAAAAAUAUUUAGAAACGGAGAAGAAUCUGGUUCAUAUGAUGGUCCAAGAUCUGCUGAUGGCAUAGUCAGUACAAUGAAGAAACAGGCUGGGCCUGCAUCAGUUGAUCUCCGAUCUGUAGCGGAGUUUGAGAAAUACAUAGCAGAUAAGGAGGCUUCUGUGGUUGGUUUCUUCCGGGAACUGUAUGGCACAGCACACUCAGAGUUUAUGAAGGCUGCCAACAGUCUUAGAGAGAACUACAGAUUUGCUCAUACAGAUGAGAAUGAAUUGGUUGACAAGUAUGAUUCUAAUGGCGAGGGUAUAGUUUUGUUCCGUCCUCCACGUCUUGCAAACAAAUUUGAAGAUAUUUCUGUUGCUUUUCCUGCUGAUGAGAAAAUAACCAGCAGCAAAAUUAAGAAGUUUAUCCAAGAUAACAUUUUUGGCAUCUGUCCUCACAUGACUGCAGACAACAGAGAAUUGAUUCAAGGAAAGGACUUGCUUGUGGCCUAUUACGAUGUUGAUUAUGAUAAGAAUGCCAAGGGUUCCAACUACUGGAGAAACAGAGUUAUGAUGAUUGCGAAGAAGUUCCUGGAUGCUGGACACAAGUUAAAUUUUGCAAUUGCUAACCGUAAAGACUUUGGCCAUGAAGUUUCUGAAUUUGGUUUGGAUGCCAGUACCGGUGAAAUUCCUGUUGUUGGAAUUAAGAAUGCUAAAGGCGAGAAAUACACCAUGCAUGAAGAAUUUUCCCGUGAUGGAAAAGCUUUGGAACGAUUCCUUCAGGAUUACUUUGAUGGUAAACUAAAGAGAUACUUGAAAUCUGAGCCUAUUCCUGAAGAUAAUGAUGGCCCUGUCAAGGUUCUUGUUGCUGAAAACUUCGAUGACAUUGUAAAUGAUGAAAGUAAGGAUGUCUUGAUUGAGUUUUAUGCUCCCUGGUGUGGCCACUGCAAGAACUUGGAGCCUAAAUUCAAAGAGCUUGGAGAAAAGCUUGCUGAAGAUCCAAACAUUGUUAUUGCCAAGAUGGAUGCCACAGCCAACGAUGUGCCUUCGCCCUAUGAAGUUAGAGGAUUUCCUACCCUUUACUUUUCACCAGCUGGAAGUAAACAAAGUCCAAAGAAAUAUGAAGGAGGCAGAGAGGUCAGUGAUUUCCUCAGCUUCUUGAAGAAAGAGGCAACAAAUCCUCCAGUUGUAAAGGAAGAUGAAAAACCUAAGAAGAAAAAGCAGGAGUUGUAACCAAUCUGUUCAAUGCAGCGUUUUUAUAUCCACCAUAGAGAAUGAGCUGCAGGGUGGGACUCAUCUUGAAAAUAUUGGGAUCCAAAAGGGGCUAAAUGUUUUGGCGGACACAUUGUACAGCUGGAUUUCAAAAUAUUUUUUUUUUUAUUUUGAAGGGGGACAUGUCAAUUGAGAUUAGAUCGCUCUUAGAUGCACUGCUGGGAACAUACAAGGACUUAUAAAUGAUAUUUGGAUUGAGGGGCACCACUUUACCAUCUUGGUUGGGAGGGGGUUUGUUUCAUUUGAGAUUCUUUUUUUUUUUUUUUGUUUUGUACAUUUGGGAAAAAUAAACAAUUACCCCCUUCCUUUAA